ACUGCUACUUUUCAGGCCUGUGCUGUUUUAAGGGAAAGAUGUCUUCAGCUGGGUUGGAAAUUAUUGGUGUGGCCUUGUGUGUUUUUGGCUGGAUUGCUGCCAUUGUCACCUGUGCUCUGCCUAUGUGGAGAGUGACAGCCUUCAUUGGGAGCAACAUUGUGACCUCACAGGUCAUUUGGGAAGGCCUCUGGAUGAAUUGUGUGGUGCAGAGCACUGGACAGAUGCAAUGUAAAGUCUACGACUCCAUGUUGGCUCUUCCCCAAGACCUCCAGGCUGCGCGAGCACUGACUGUUAUCUCUAUCAUCUUGGCCAUCCUUGCAGUGCUGAUUUCUAUUGUGGGAGCAAAAUGCACCAACUGCAUUGACGAUGAAGGAGCCAAAGCCAAGGUCAUGAUAAUAGCAGGCGUUCUUUUUAUCCUAGCAGGUCUCAUGCAGUUGAUCCCAGUAUCGUGGUCAGCCAACACCAUCAUCCGUGAUUUCUACAACCCUCUGUUAACCGAUGCCCAGAAACGGGAGCUUGGGGCAUCCUUAUAUAUUGGAUGGGCUGGGGCUCUUCUUCUGCUUCUUGGAGGAGGAUUGCUUUGUUGCUCUUGUCCUCCUCAGGAGAAGAAAUAUGUGCCCUCCCGAAUGGCUUAUACAGCAGCACGAUCCAAUGCACCCAGUGGCUACGACAAGAAGGAUUAUGUGUAGUUACCUCAGGAGGCUGCAACACACAUCAAAUGAUUGUACCUGCCAUUUGCUACAAGGAGGACGGAGAAAUCAAUGGACCCAAGCAGAGACUCCAGCAUAAAGGACUUCUUGUUAUGCACCUUUUUGCUUUCUGCUGGACCCCUUCUUCAUUACUUGAAUUCACAGAUUUGUGAGUUUCACUUGCACUGAAAAGAUACUGGCGUAAGGAGUUGUAGUUAGGGAACAAUGGAACAGCUCAUUGCUUUUGGGCUGUUUCUUGUUUCAAGUACACUGUGUGUAUAUUUUCAAGAGCUGGGCACUGGGCAGUAGAAGUGUGACUGUAUUUGUUAAGUAGUUGGCCUGCUCUGUUUUGUUUUUUUCAUCAUUUUGGUCUCCAGACAUGCUUAGAAUCACAGUCUGUAGUGGACACAUUCCAUUAUUCCUUUGUAUUAUCAUUGUUUACUCGUGUGAAAUAUAGUAAUAACUGGGAAACAGAACUUUAGCCUUUUUAAUGUAAACUGUUUACUAGCGCUUGUGCUGAAAUGAAAGGUAAAUAAUGCUUAAGCACUUCAUUGAAAAAACACAGUGGUAAAAUAAGCAGUCUGAAGCACAAAUG